GGAUUCGGCUUUGCCUCCAAAACCAAGAAGAAGCAUUUCGUGCAGCAGAAAGUGAAGGUGUUCCGGGCCGCCGACCCGCUGGUGGGCGUGUUCCUGUGGGGCGUCGCCCACUCGAGUUCCAUCUUCUCCACCUGAAAUCCAGCUCUGUGCCUUGACUCCUUCCUGCCGGGUCCGCCCUCAGGCUACAGGGACUGGCCAGAAUCCGGCUCCAACCAGAGGGACAUUAAGGGGAGUGGCUCUAUAAAGGGUUGUUGGUGAGGUCUGGGUGCGAGAGUGCAUGAAGCGGGGCGGGGGUACGCCUGCCUGGCGAAGGAGGUGGUUCGAUUCCCCUCUCCACCUUGCUUUCUAGCCUCAGCCCUUGACUUUCGAGCCUUGGCUUUGUCUGGGGAUAGCUCUAGGUUUUUUGGAUCUUCUAACCCUGCUUGCCCUUUUCCGGGGACUCAGCAUUUCAGAGAAGCUACCCAACUCUGACCCUAGGGGGAUGCACUCAAUCGGGACGUAAUGCAUAGAUGCCUUUGGUCUUAGCUGUAUCCCCACUGUUGGCUGGUGUGGUGGUAUUUGGUGUAAAUGGAGUAAAUUGUAACCCAGGAAAAAGCCGAGGAGCUGUGGUCCCAGGGUCGUUGGGUUGUUUUUUUUUUUGUUGUUGUUUUUGUUUUUUUGAGCUUCGGAAGCCCGAAAAGGGCUCAGAAGGGUGCAGCUUGGGAGUCCGGAGGAGGCCGAUGGUCCGGUACACCUCCUUUCAUGAGGACGUCUUGGAGACAAAGCUAGGGACGUGAAGUGUAGCUGGUUUUUUCCUUUCUCAGAUCGGGAGUAGGAGGGAUGCAGUGAUCUUCAGCUCCACGGGGACUAUUUUGGUUAUCAGCUUCUUUGAGUUGCAGUCUUGAUAUAUGGUUGUGGAGGUGUAAGGGGGUGAGGCAGAACGCCGCGUUCUUUAUUUGUAGUUGGAACAUCACUGGUGGUCAGGGAGGCCCCUUUUGCUGCUCUCUCAGCGGUGGCAUCUUGAAUCAAUGAACUCAGCCAGGUGCCGCCUCCAGUGAUGCUCUUGCCAGACGACUUUAAGGCUAGCUCCAAGAUCAAGGUCAACAAUCACCUGUUCCAUAGAGAGAAUCUUCCCAGUCAUUUCAAGUUCAAGGAAUAUUGUCCCCAGGUCUUCAGGAACCUCCGUGACCGAUUUGGCAUUGAUGAUCAGGAUUACUUGGUGUCCCUUACUCGAAGCCCCCCAAAUGAAACUGAAGGCAGUGAUGGUCGAUUUCUCAUCUCCUAUGAUCGCACUCUGGUCAUCAAGGAAGUGUCCAGCGAGGACAUUGCCGACAUGCACAGCAACCUUUCCAACUACCACCAGUACAUAGUGAAGUGUCAUGGCAACACGCUCCUGCCCCAGUUCCUGGGCAUGUACCGAGUCAGUGUGGAGAAUGAAGACAGCUACAUGCUUGUCAUGCGGAACAUGUUUAGUCACCGUCUUCCUGUGCAUAGGAAGUAUGACCUCAAGGGCUCCCUAGUGUCCCGGGAAGCCAGCGAUAAGGAAAAGGUUAAAGAACUGCCUACUCUUAAGGAUAUGGACUUCCUCAACAAGAACCAGAAAGUGUAUAUCGGUGAGGAAGAGAAGAAAGUGUUUCUGGAGAAGCUGAAGCGAGAUGUGGAGUUUCUAGUGCAGCUGAAGAUCAUGGACUACAGCCUUCUGCUGGGCAUCCACGACAUCAUCCGGGGCUCUGAGCCAGAGGAGGAGGGGCCCGUGCGGGAGGACGAGGCUGAGUGGGAUGGGGACUGUAACCUGACUGGACCUCCUGCUCUGGUGGGCUCCUAUGGCACCUCCCCUGAGGGCAUUGGAGGCUACAUUCAUUCACACCGGCCCCUGGGCCCAGGAGAGUUUGAGUCCUUCAUCGAUGUCUAUGCCAUCCGGAGUGCCGAGGGGGCCCCCCAGAAGGAGGUGUACUUCAUGGGCCUCAUUGACAUUCUGACACAGUACGAUGCCAAGAAGAAAGCAGCCCACGCAGCCAAAACCGUCAAGCAUGGGGCGGGGGCAGAGAUCUCGACUGUCCAUCCUGAGCAGUAUGCUAAGCGAUUCCUGGAUUUUAUUGCCAACAUCUUUGCCUAAGAGCCUGACUCUGUGGUGAUCACUGCUUUAUGUUGAAGGUGGUGGGUUCUGAGAGUCUUAGGGGAACUGGAUUGGGCCACUACUUCUCUUCUUUGCUAAAUUCAGGGUGCAGGCUCCUUCCAUCCAAAUCAUUCCAUCUUGGUGGAUAGGCUUUUCCUGCCCGAGAAAUACACUGUCCUCUCUCCCCAUGUCCAUUUUUCUGCCCGCUCUCCUCGCUCCCACCGAGCCCUCUUGCUUCAUUAGAGUGUUGUUGUUGACUCUCCUAAGUGCCUUGAUCUUUGAAAAACAUCUUGUUUCUAUGAAAUAGGAGGAGCUGGGGGUAGGGUUGUUUGCCAUCUUCGAGACCUGACUGGACAGUGGAUGUGGCUCAAGCAACUACCCCAGAUGCACUUCGCUGUGUGGACGAAACUGAAUGUCUGGAUUUGCUGAUACCAUUACAGGGCUUUGUGGCAUGCUUCCUCCCUGUAGGCCCUGGAAUGGAAGGCUCUCAGGAGACUCCGAUGUGGGUGCAGGCAUUCACACAUGGACAGUCUGGCAUGGAGGUGAGGUGGAGAGUGGUCAGCAGGCUGGCACCUCACAGAGGCAGGACCUAAGCGGACUUUUGUGACUAUGCAGAGAAUGGAGAAGGUCCCUGUCAAGCAUUGACUACUGUCCAUUCUCUUCCUCCAUCCCACCCCACUUUGAUCUGUACCCAUGAGGACUUCUGGAUGCAGGAGCCCUGGCAUGGCCAGAGCGUCCAAGCCUAGGGCCAGGUGUGAGGCUUCUGUGCUGCACCUCCCCAGAACCUUGCGCCUUUGCUGGGGAUGGAACCCUUCGGCGAGGGGGAGAGAGCAGCGGAGGCUGGGAGGACUGGUCGGAGUGCGAGGUUCAUUCCUGUGUGAAGUUUCCUUUCUUCCUGUCCAGUUACUCCCAAGGUCCCUUUCUAGUAGAAGGGAAUACUGCGUGUGGGUCCGUUUCCAUCAUUUCGAGAGGACAGAGAUCUUGAGUGUGGGAACCUCCCCAUCCCCUGGACAUGGUACCUAGCACACUUCCUCCCUCUCCUCAGACACUGUUUUUGGUUGAAUUGUUGUCCUGUUCCCUUCUGUCCCAUCUUUCCCUGCUAAUGUGUCUCCCAGGGGACAGAUGGCCUUCUCUGUCAUCUUCCCUUCCCACCCCCAGAGAGGAGUCAGAGCCAUAACUCAGUCACCCAGUCCCUUCCAAAGAUAGCCGAGGUAAUUCGUGAUAUCCUCAGAAUGUAGAGGAACUCAGGCAUGGCAGCUCAUGCCUGUAAAACCCAGCGCUGAGGAGGCUGUGGCAAAGUGAGUGACAGUUCAAGGCUAACUUGGACAGCCUGGGCUACAGAGUGAGACCUGGUCUCAGGAAAACUCAAAAAAGGUAUGGGUUUGAGCACUGGCAAUUAUAACUCAGUUGGUGGAGUGCUUGCCUAGCAUGUACAGAGCCCGGGCUCAUCUCAGCACCACGUAAACCAGGUGUGGUGGUGCACUCCUAGAGUCCUAGUUCUAGGGACGUGAAGGUAAGGAGGAUCAGGUAUUCAAGGUCAUCCUCAGUUACAUAGCAAGUGUGAGGCCAGCCAAGGAUACAUGAGACCGUCUUGGGGAAAAAAAGAUUCCAGAUGAGACAGAUUGUCGUCUCUGCCCAGAGCCUUUGGAGCCAAGACACUCACUCUUGCUGUUCUGUCCCUCUUCAGACCUCCACACUCGUGGGGUGGAGGGUGGGAGGUGGGCAGUGAGGGCCAAGCAGCUGCUCUGCUGUGUAGCUGACCUGACCAGUCAGUCUCCUAAGAAGCCACGCGGUCCUCAGGGAGCAGCUCCCCUUUCACCUUUAACCAAAGGGAGCCGUGAAAGGAACGGUGGUCGUGGUGGGAGGGACCUACCUGCUAGGUCUCUUCAUCUCACAGGCGACCUUUCCCUGUUGAUGCAAUAAAGCCCCAUGACACCAGCAGCUGUUCAUUGGAACUGGAUUCUCUAACCAUGAGGUUGUGUAUUAUGGGCAGUAUGGUCAUCUUCAUUCAUUGCUUCUGUUUUCCAUCAUUUUGUUUUAUUAAUAAAAAUCUGUAUUUACUCCCAGUAUCACAAUAAAAUAAAUUAUUCGAUCCAAAUCA